CGAAGGCGCCCAAGUUUCAGUCGAGAAAGAGAGAAAUGGAAAACGAAGGAGAGAAAAAUUUCCAGCAUUCCCGUACAAGCCAUAUUCAAUCCAGAUGGAUUUCAUGAAUGCACUUUAUCACUCUUUAGAUAAAGGCGCGUCUCCAUGCUCGAAAGCCCUACCGGAACCGGCAAAACACUGAGCAUCAUCUGCAGUGGUUUGCAAUGGGUGAUUGAUCAGAGACAAAAACAGAAGUCUGAAGAAAGGGUUAAUUCUGAUGAAAAGCAGGAACAUAAUGGUCAAAUCGGUUCAGAUGAUGAACCUGAUUGGCUCAAAAACUUUGCCGUGGACAAAGACAACCAACUUGAUGAGAAGAAGAGCAAGAAAAAGAAAAAUAGUUUUGCAUUAGCAAAACCUGGAAAAGUAAUGAAUAAAGAUAGUCACAGGGAUUUGUUCUCACGUGAUUUUGAAGACGGCAAAAGAUCUGUAAAGAAAAUUGAUGCGGGGGAUUUGGUUGAUGAAGAGUUUCUGCUGGAAGAAUAUGAAAGUGAAGAGGAAGGUGGUAUUGGAAGUUCGAAUUCGAAGAGGAAAAGCGACAAGUUUCCUGUUAAUUCUUCAAGUGAUGAGGAGGAGGACGAGUCUGAGGAGGAGGAGGAAGUGAAAUUGAAGGUUUAUUUUUGUAGUCGUACGCAUUCACAACUUUCACAGUUUGUUAAAGAGCUAAGAAAGACUGUUUUUGCCGAUGAAAUGAAUGUUGUCUCAUUGGGAUCAAGGAAGAACUUUUGCAUCAAUGAAGAGGUUUUGAGACUAGGAAUAUCUACUCAAAUUAAUGAGCGAUGCUUGGAGCUUCAAAAGAAUAAGAAAAAGGAGGAAACAUCUAAAAUGAAGAAAUUAGGCACAGAGGGAAAGAUAAGGCAAACCAAGGCUUCCUCUGGAUGCCCAAUGCUUAGAAAACAUAAACUUCAAAAACAAUUUAGGAAUGAAGUUUCUCAACAAGGAGCAUUGGACAUUGAAGAUCUUGUUCAACUUGGUAGAAAUAUAGGAACAUGUCCAUAUUAUGGCUCCCGAAGUAUGAUCCCCUCAGCUGAUCUAGUAGUUCUUCCAUAUCAAUCACUUCUUUCAAAAGCAUCACGUGAAAUUUUGGGGUUGAAUCUGAAGAAUAAUGUUGUUAUAAUAGAUGAAGCUCACAAUCUGGCUGAUUCUCUCAUUAGCAUGUAUGAUGCGAAAAUUACUUUGUCACAGUUGGAGAAUGUACAUAGCCACAUAGAGAAGUAUUUUGGAAGAUUCUGCAGUCUCUUGGGACCUGGAAAUCGAAGAUAUAUUCAAACACUUUUGGUUCUUACCCGAGCUUUCCUCCGAGUUCUACUCAAUGAUAAGAAUGGGAAUUGUUUAAACUCUUGCCCAGAUGCCGAAAGAGGUGUUGGAGGAAACAAAAAAUUUGAUUCUUCCAUGGCUAUAAAUGAUUUUUUAUUCUCCCUCAAUAUUGACAACAUUAAUUUAAUCAAGCUGCUUCAGUAUAUAAAGGAAAGCAACAUCAUGCACAAGGUUAGCGGGUAUGGAGAUAAAACGACUACCUUGCAGAAAGGUUCAGUGGUCAAGGAAAAUGGGGAAACUUGUGAUUCUGGUAGCAUUCUAUCUGGCUUUCGGGCAUUGGCAACUAUGUUACUUUCGCUGACAAAUAAUGAUGGUGAUGGAAGGAUAAUAAUAUCAAGGAAGAGACCAACAUCUUCAGGACAAGGAGCUUACCUGAAAUAUGUUAUGCUCACCGGUGAAAAGAUUUUUUCUCAGGUUGUGCAUGAAGCACAUGCUGUUGUACUGGCAGGGGGAACUCUGCAACCAAUAGAAGAAACAAGAGAGCGACUUUUUCCAUGGUUACCAGCAGAUCAACUCCAUUUCUUUUCAUGUAGCCAUAUUGUUCCUCCAGAGAGUAUAUUGCCACUUGCAGUAUCUCGUGGACCAUCAGGCAGAUCUUUUGAUUUUAGCUAUGGUUUGAGAGGUUCAUCAACUAUGAUAGAGGAACUAGGGCUCUUGCUUUGCAAUUUGGCAACAGUUGUCCCCGAAGGAAUUGUUGUGUUCUUUUCUUCAUUUGAGUACGAAGGACAGGUCUACGAUGCAUGGAAAACCUCAGGAAUACUUGAAAGAAUCAUGAAGAGAAAGCAUGUCUUCAGAGAACCUAGAAAAAGUACAGAGAUAGAGGCCAUUCUUAAUGAAUACAAGGAAGCAAUUGAUACUCCUGCCCCUAAAAGUGGUGCAAUACUCCUAGCCGUGGUUGGUGGCAAGAUAUCGGAAGGCAUCAACUUCAGUGAUGGGAUGGGGCGAUGCAUAGUCAUGGUUGGACUUCCAUAUCCUAGCCCUUCUGACAUUGAAUUGUUGGAAAGGGUGAAGCAUAUUGAAGGUUUGGGUGAUGCAAGUUUUACGAAAAGCCUAAAACUUUCAACUAAUGAAGAAUUUUACGGGGGAGACGUUCAGUCUGGUUUCAGCAUUCUAAGGAGUUGUAGGCACAGGGGAAGAGAAUAUUAUGAAAAUCUCUGCAUGAAAGCUGUAAAUCAAUCAAUUGGCAGAGCGAUUCGGCAUGUAAAUGACUAUGCUGCAAUUUUAUUGGUGGACAUCCGUUAUGCAUCUGAUUCUUCGAAAAGAAGCUUUUCUCAUCCGAGCAGCAAGCUCCCGCAGUGGAUAAAAGAUAGUCUCGUUUCCGCAACUAACAAUUAUGGUGAAGUUCACAAGCUGCUGCAUCAGUUCUUCAGAUUCAACAAGAACAAAGGCAGUAAGUAGAAGCCGAUCAGAGGUUCGAAUGCGAAAGCAUAUUUAUGAGGGAAGAGUGAAGGUGUUUUGCUGCUCUGAAUGGAAUUUUCUUAGUUACUUUGCAACCUGUUCUGGGCUGGUGCAAGGACUUUGGAACCCUUAAAUAUCAUCCCUCACUACAGGUAAGGACCAUUCACACCCUUUAUGAAU